UUAUAUCUUUGAAACGUUUAUGUAUGACGUGUUUACAUUACACUGCCCAAGAUGUGGUGGUGCUGUUGAAGAGAGAUGUCUGUUGGCGUAAAUUUAAGUCAGUUUGCUAGAAAUAGUUCUGUUUCCUUACCAGUUCCUUCUGAGACGAAGAGACAGUUAGUUGAUGAUGAAGAGAGGAAUGAAGGUCCAUCCAGAAGUGCGAAGGAAAAAAGAGUCCAUCCGCCGUCGUAUGACACUCCGAAAAUUGCUACAUUGACAGAAAAUCAUUCGCAACUAUCUUCUCUGAAGUCUGAAGCAGAUGUGGAAAUCGAUGAGAGUGAUGUGUAUGUUGACUGUGAAGCUGGUGAUAUAAACAGUUGCCAUUCGUACAAAUCCCAGUCCGUCUCUGGGCUUUCUAGAUCAGAGAUUCAGGCACAGAAAUCGAAGAAAAAUGGGCUUACAGCCCUGGAGAAACAAGUGCUUGGUCUGAAGCAACAACAUCCUGGAAUGAUUCUCAUGAUACAAAAUGGAUAUAAGUACCACUUUUAUGAAGAAGAUGCUGAGAUAGCUUCAAAGCUGCUGGAAAUUGCAACAUUUCGUCUUCAUAAUUUCCUGCAGGCAUGCGUACCUGUAGCUCGCCUAAAAUAUUAUGUCUACCAGUUUGUAGAGAAAGGCUAUAAAGUGGGAGUGGUCAACCAGACUGAAACUACUGCACUGAAAGCAGCUGGAGAAAACAGGAAUGCCCCAUUUUCAAGAGAACUAAGCUGUGUUUACAGUCGAGCCACAUUAAUUGGUGAUGAUGUAAAUCCGCAGGCCUUUGAAGGAAACUGUUUGAUGAGAGAGAGAAAGCCUUCAUGCAUUCUUUCUGUGUGUGAGGAUAACACUGGAAAUAAAACAACUAUAGGAAUUGCAACAUUUGAUCCCAGCACUGGUGAAGCUAUAUAUGACUCAUUUGAUGACCUGAAAACAAGAGAAGAACUCGAAAAAAGAUUAGCUCAUCUAAAUCCUGCAGAAAUACUGAGUCAAGAAACAAUCAGCACAAGCACCAAAACUUUAUUAAAACAUAGCGGAGCAUGUCUGGAGCGACUCUCAGAUGAAGAAUAUGAGUUUUCAAAAGCAUUGGCUGUUGUUGCCGUAUUUCUGAGCAGCCCAGAUGACAAACCAAUGGGCUAUUCUGAACCAGUGUUGACUUUGAAUGAAUUAACACCAGUAGUGAUCAGGGCUCUGGGUGCAUUGUGGCAGCAUCUGGCACAAUUUAAACUUCAGAAUGGAAUGAGUGCUGCAAGGUUAACAAGUUUUACAUCACUGGAAAAGCACUUGCAGUUGAGUGCAUCAGCUCUUCAGAAUUUGGAGGUUUUUGCAAGCAGUAGUGGUGAUGAAAGAGGGUCCUUGUUAUCAAUAAUGGAUCAUACACGAACUGCAUUCGGGAAAAGAUUACUGGAACAAUGGCUGUCACAACCUUCCCGUGAUAUUUCAGAACUCCUGAGGCGGCAGGAUGCCGUGCAGGAGUUGAUCAACCCUAACUGCAGAGUUACUCCUCUACUAGGUGACAUUCUGAAAGGCCUUCCAGAUCUAGAUAGAGGACUUACAAAUGUAGCUUAUCACAGAUGCACUACCAACAACUUCUACCGAUUGAUAGAAGCUUUGAGUUUUAUUUAUCAAAGCUUGGAAGUCAUUGCAGUUGUUACAGAAGCCUAUGUUCAAAGUUCUUUAAUAAGGGAACUAAUAAUUGACAUAACUGUACAGCUCAGUGAUGUAAAGGAAAUUAUGAACAUUUUGAACCCUUCAGCAGCCAAGAUUGGUGACAAAACAUCAAUUUUAAAUGAUUAUUCAGAGUUCCCAAAUGUUUUGAGGACCAAGACAGAAAUCAAGGCACUGGAAAAUGAGCUGGAUGAGUUGCGACCAUCCAUUGCAGAAACUUUGGGAGUGCCUUUGUUCUACUAUAUUACAGUUGCUGGUCAAGAAUAUUUGAUACAAGCCAAGAAGGAUGUGCAAGUGCCUCUUGACUGGAUCCUUGUCAAUCAGACAAAGACCUAUCGACGGUACCGUUCCCCACAAGUUAUAUCGAUUUUGAAGCAGUUGUGUCAGCUACGUGAAAAAGUAGAAGCUGAUUGUGAAGAAGCUUGGAGAAAUGUGGUGGACCAGUUUAACAAAGAUUACAUAAGACAUAAAAAAUCUGUUAAAAAUCUUGCAGCCUUAGAUGUAUUGUUAUCAUUUUCAGAAGCUGCCAAGCUCAGUGAUUACUGCAGGCCAAAGCUGAUUGAAUCAGUAGAAUCAGAAAUUCAUAUUAAGAAUGGACGACAUCCUGUUCUAUCAAGAAUUAUGGAAGAAUCUGGACAUUUUAUUCCAAAUGAUUCGUAUCUAAAGAGCUCUGAGCCUAUGGUGCUGUCAGGACCUAACAUGGGAGGCAAAUCUUGUUAUGUUCGCCAGGUUGCACUGUUAGUCAUUAUGGCACACACCGGCUCAUUUAUACCAGCUGAGUAUGCCACUAUCAGCAUUCUUGAUGCCGUUUAUGUGUGGAUGGGUGCAGGAGAUAACAUUUUGCAAAGGAAGAGCACAUUUAUGGUUGAAGCUGAGGGAGCAUCAAAUAUCUUGAACCAAGCAACAACCCAGUCAUUAGUUAUAAUGGAUGAAUUUGGGAGAGGUACAAGUACUUAUGAUGGAGCUGCUCUGGCUGCAGCAGCUUUGAACUACCUCAAAUCCAAGGUUGGCUGUCUACUACUCUUUGUAACACAUUACCCUGAGGUGAUGGAAACUGUACCAGACUACAACUACCACAUGGGAUACCACAUAGUACGUGAAGAUGAAGAAGCUGAAGGAAAGUUAAUAUUCCUGUACACUGUUAUGAAAGGAGGAGCAAGCAGCAGCUAUGGCUUAAAUGUUGCCCGCAUGGCUGGUAUUCCAGGACCCAUAAUAAAAGUAGCAAAAGAUUUUGCUGAGAGAGUAAGAGCUCAAAGAAUCAUCAAAAGAGAGAUGAGGGGGCUUCUACAGAAUAUGUGGUCUGACGAUGAGGACGAAGUAAAUAACGCACUCAAUGAAAUUGCUGACCUUCACGUGCCAUGGAAACAGCAGAUGCAGUUGAUACAUGCUGAUGCCCUUCAACAAUGAAGAGGUUUUUAAAAUCAGUCGUGAGAAGAAAGUAGACACGGCGGUAGGACGGCACCCACGAGUACCUGUUGGGCAAUCCGUAGACGUUUUAGUGAGUGUAUAAGGAAGAACCAUGGAGUUUAUCUGCAGCUCUGUGCUUAUUUUGUCACUGACUAUUGUUAUUAAAACAAGAACAGUUGAAAAAAUACUCUUGUAAACUCUUGACACAACCUUGUUAGAGGCAGUACUCAUUUUAUGAUUCAUGUUAAGAAAGGUCAUGGUAU